GUUGGCCUUGCAGAAUCGUAAACAAACGUGUGAUCGUUUUUCCUGGAAGGGCCAAAACACUACAGACAAUCUGCACAAGCAACCGAUACAGAUCGAUGAGCGGUUGCGAGAAGGAACAUUGUAUGAAUUAAUCGCCGUGUUAUAACGACCACAUUUGAAUUAAAGCGACGACGUGAGUGGGAGACACUGACAGACGCUGUCAGCUGAACAAUAAGAGUGAUAAGCCAGCUAGCUUCUGGAAGUCGCGUGUUCAGUCUUCAUCACCCAUCAUCAGGGCCCAGCCUAAUUCAGGAUGGGGUAUGUGGGGACACGGCUGGGCGUUUUGGGCCUUUUCUUAUGCUGCACUCUGGCACCCUUUCCUGGACAGGCAUAUAUAUAUGCUCAUUACAGUAACAUGACAUCUAUGCUGUUUGAAGAUCUGCCUGCUCUUUUUGGCUCUCCUCUGCCAAAAGAUGGACUAACGGGUGUGCUGGUUGAAGCUCGUCCUCAGAACGCCUGCAUGACUAUAGAUCCCCCUCCUGUUUCUCCCACCCCCUCCGAUCCCAACAGCACGACAAAAUAUAUCGUCCUCAUUCGACGCUAUGACUGUAACUUUGAAAUCAAGGUGCUGCAUGCACAGCAGGCCGGUUUCAGUGCAGCCAUAGUGCACAACAUGUACUCCAAUUCACUUCUCAAUAUGGGCUACAGCAAUGACUCGAUUGCUGAGGAGAUCAAGAUUCCCUCUGUGUUUACAAGCUACUAUGCCUCUCAAAUACUACGCAACUUUAUCAUACCAGAGAAAGGGGCUUAUGUGAUUCUGAAGCCGGAGUUCUCCUUCCCUCUCUUUUAUUAUCUUAUCCCCUUCACCGGCGUGGUGGGCAUUAUCAUCAUUGUCAUGGUUAUCAUACUGAUCGUGCGGUGUGUGCAGCACAGGAAGAGGCUCCGGAAAAACCGACUCUCCAAAGAACAGCUUAAGAAAAUCCCCACUCAUAAGUUUGUUAAAGGUGAUGAGUAUGAUGUGUGUGCAAUUUGCCUGGAUGAAUAUGAAGAGGGAGAUAAGCUAAGGGUGCUGCCAUGUUCACACGCCUAUCACUGCAGGUGUGUGGACCCCUGGCUCACCCAGACUAAGAAAACCUGCCCUGUGUGCAAGCAGCGCGUGACCCGUCGCAACCCAGAGUACUCUGAGUCUUCAGAUUCUGAUGAAGAGGCGGGGCCACACAGGGCUGACGAGGAAGAGGAAGGAGCAACCAGUGAGGCAGAUUCUGAGCGCACCCCUCUGCUCCGCCCCUCUAACCCUGCGUCCCCUUCCUCGUCCAGCCCGCCUCCCAAUUACGACUCAACGGUAAAGUCAGCAACAGCCGGCGCUAUGGUAACGAUCUCCGCGCAGUGCUUGCCACACACACCACAGCACGACUUGUCCGUCCUGGGCUGUGAUGAAUACUACUCACCUAUAGAGGACGUUGAUGAAGGUAUCGAGGAGGAGGAGGAGGUUCACCCCUCAAAUAAUGAUACCACAGAGCUUAUUGGACAUGGCACCGUAGGAGUCUAAGUCUUUUUAGAGAGACGUUGAUUAAAUACAACCCUUUAUCUCAUCAGUUUGGUAGUCAUUGGGUUGUGUUUUCUCACAAAAAAGUUGGAAGUUGUGUCACAGAGACUGGAGUUGAAUCAAAGAAAUUUACACCCAGUUUUUGAGACACAUUUUUAGACAUAGCUGCAGUCUGACAGACAUGCACACCCAUGCCACUUUUAGAUAGCUUGUGCAACCAAAAUGUGUGCAACAUGUUUAUAGUUUCUGACAUGAAUACAUGGUAAAAACUUUUCUGAUUGGUGUGGUUCUCAAAACUUUUUGUUUUUAUCUAGUUUUUCCAAAUUUGGGCCUGUGUCCAAAUAAGGGUUAAAGGUAACAUAAAAACUGUUUGUAGUUAAUGAAACUUUUUUUAAAGGAAUAGUGCACACAAACAUAAACAUUCUGUCAUUAUUUUAAUGACUGAUUUUUUGUUUUCUGUGGAACACAAAAGGAGACAUUUUGAAGAAUGUUUAUGCUGCUCUUUUUCAUAAGUGAAAGCAUAUAGUGACCAGGGGUUGUCAAGCUUCAAAAAGUACAAAAACACACCAUAAAAGUAGUCUAUAUGGCUCAUGCGCUAUAUUUCAAGCCUUCUGAAGCCAUACGAUAGUUUUGUGUAAGAAAGUUUGAAAAUGCUCAUGUUCAAAUGAGAUUUGAGAGCUGAGAGGUGAAGGUCUUCAAUGAAUAACGACAAAAAUGUCAGUCUGUCCCUUAAAAAUGUUGUAUGACUUCGUAAAACUUUGAAUAUGGUACACGAUUCAUAUGGAUUAUUUUUAUGGUAGUUUGUACUUUUUGUGUCUUGACAUCACUUGGUCACUGUAUGCUUUCGUUGUACGGAAGUUAUGAAGGUAUGUAACGAGUAAAUAAUGACAGAAUUUUUAUUUUUGGGCGAACUGUUCCGUUUAGUUGGUGGUAAAUGCCCGUUUACCAUUUAUGUGCAAUACAGACUGGUUGCCAGGUUGUAAAUCUAAAAUAUUAUUUAUUUAACCCACAGAGGUCACAAAAGAUCAUUGCAGGCUUCUGAAUUACAAUAUUUGAUGACCAACUUCUUUUAAUCUUGUUUUUUAUUUAGCAACUCGUGCAUCCGCUCGUUUAAGUGAUAAAAGAAUUCAGAUUUAGAGCCUGAUUAUUUAGAAUUUAUUUUGUUGGUUUUUUUGGUUCACUUAAAGUUAACAAAUACAUAAACUAUAUUUCUGAACCAAUUCCCUCCAAAUCUCUCUCUCUGCAUUUAAAAUAAUUUGCUUCAUUCUCUGUCAUUCAGAUAUGCAAUGUUGAUAUUGUGGCAAGAUGUAUGGCUAAAUGGAUGAACAGGCUCACUCUCUAAAGACAUUUACCAUUUAAAUGUGAGCCGCUUUUUCAAAUUGCAAUUUGCUUUGUUCGUGGCAGACAGUGUAUAGACUUCAUAGCAAUAUUUAUACUCCUAUUCAACCUUUUACUGGCCUGUUAGAUUACACCUUUCACCUCUAAGUAAGAACCUGUUUUGUAUGAACUGAUUGAACUUGUGCCUACUUUAGACUCUCAUAUGUAUAUUUCAUCAACACCAUCCAUUUCGUCAUCUUAAUCAUUGUUCAGUCAAAGUAAUAUUCACAUUCAUAUGUCUGGUGUUUUAGUUUUUUAGUUUUAGUUUUAUCUUUGUGAUGUGAUUUUAAUUUCAGUUCAAGGUUCAAACUCAGUCUUUGAUAUCACUGGCAUUUAUUUCUAGAAUUAUAGAUAUAUUUGCCUCAUUUGUUUCUGUCAGUCUGUAAAUUAUAAAUAUAAAGCAAAUAUAAAUAACACUAUAACGAAUCAUAGGGUUUGCAUCUGUGGCAUCCCGUGUCACAGGAAUGGGACCAAUACCUUUUAACAAACUAUUUUUUUCUACCCGUUAUAGCAUUUUGGAUCAGUGUCUGUGUAAUUAUUCAGUGCUGCUUACUAAUUGACUUUAUUAAUGAUUGAUGGAUUGAUCGAUCGAUCGAUCAUUGCUGCAUUUUGUGCCAUAAAGACAAUUGUACCUGUUUACUGAGUCAAGUCUUGUCUUGGUAUUGUGAGCUUCAUUGACAGAUGUAACAUUUGAAAAUCUGAUUCAUUUAAAGCUCUUGAUUCUUGAUAGUAAGGAUCAAUGUCUGUGAUUGGCGAUACAAAAUCUGAAAUUAAAGCAAAAUAAAAGUACCAACUUCUGUUUUUCAAAAAACAUACAUAAAAGGCAGUAGAGGCUAUGUUGAUGUGUUCAUAUGCUGCUAAAGUAAAUGAAUUGAAGGAUAACUUAUUGACUUGUUUUUAAUGUUGAAUUGUUUCCUUUAUGGUUGAUGGGAUUUCUGCUGAAAAUGUGUUUUGCUGAUCUCUGCUGGCCACCAGGCUGGUUUUCGCUGGUCUGGUUUUAUGGUUCUAGAGGGGUUUAACACACUUGUAAGCUGGUUGACUAGUUAAUCACUGGCUUGGCCAGGCUGUAAUGCCAUCUAAACCAGCUGAAAACCAUUUUGGCCAAGCUGGAGAACCAGCUGAACCAGCAAAGACCAGAAACCCCCUUUAGGCUGGAUUAAGAUCUCUUGUGGAUAAUGACAUGCUUUUCUGUUUUACAGAAAAAUGUAUUGAGAUAAACACACUUUCAUAGCAUUCAAUACAUUGAGUGUAGAGCACGUUUGUAGCAUUGUAGAGGUGAGCACAAAUAUCUGUAUGCAGUCUCUGAAUGAAUGAAAAUAAUUAAUGCGUUUUUUGUUGAACAGAUUCUGGUAAAUAAAGAACUGGGUUUACACAA